GCCUCGGCCGUCACUGCCCAGUCCUCAACCGUUGUCCCUGCUCCCGUAGUCAGCGGCAACCCCAAGGGCGCAUCGUACGUUGCUACUCUGCCCGAGCAGAAGAAGUACACAGUUCGCGGCUCUGUCGCUGCAGUCUCUGCCGAGGAUGGCAACGGCGUCAAGUUCACCGUCUCGAUCUCUGGUCUCCCUGCUGAGGGCGGUCCUUUCAUGUACCACCUUCACGAGAAGCCUGUCCCUUCUGACGGCAACUGCACUGGUACCGGCGCUCAUCUCGACCCGUACAAGCGCGGCGAGGUGCCUAUCUGCGAUUCUAGCAAGCCUGAGACCUGCCAGACUGGUGACUUGAGCGGCAAGUUCGGCAACAUCACUGCACAGGAGUGGUCACAAGAAUACGUUGACCUAUACUCGUCUACUCGACCGGACAGCAACGCCUACUUUGGUAACUUGUCCGUCGUCGUUCACCUGUCCAACAAGACACGCAUUGCCUGCGCCAACUUCACCCAGCUCUCGCUCGGCGAGGAGUCUGGCUACCCAACCUCGAGCAUAAUCCUGGGCACCGGUCCCUCUUCCGGCUACGCUCAACCCACCGAGAGCGGCAAGUACAACAGCAGCAUCCCAGCGCCCACCGGUACCGCAACUCUUACCACCGGCGUCCUGAUCUCGCCUAGCUCGGCCUUGUCGUCCGCACCCGCUGAGUUCACCGACGCUGCGCCCAAGCUCGUUAGCGGCGCUGCUGGUGCUGUCGUCGCCGUUGCGGCUGCUCUUCUG